ACCUUUAAACAUAACAUGGAUAUCAGCCAGUUAUGUCUUUAUUGUGGCACAGGGUUCAGGGACAGAUACGGAGACAGAGGGUUUGACAGGGACAGAGGCUAUGACAGGGAUAGAGGCUAUGAAAGAGAUAGAGGGUUCAGGGACAGGUAUGGAGACAGAGGCUAUGACAGGGACAGAGGCUAUGACAGGGACAGAGGCUAUGACAGAGACAGAGGCUAUGACAGGGAUAGAGGUGACCGAUAUGGAGGUGGUGGCGGUCGCUAUGAUGAUGAUCGCAGAGGAUUCCGAGAUGGUGGAGACAGCCAGUGGAGACGUGACGAUGGGCCAAGAGGGCCUCCGAGGGAUGACGCUGGACCAAGAACACGUCCUAAGUUGAACUUGAAGCCUCGAAGUGCACCUGCAAAUGAAGAAAAAGGUGAUGCACCAUCUGCUAACAGCAGCAUUUUUGGAUCUGCUCGACCAGUGGAUACUGCAUCCCGUGAGAGGCAGAUCGAAGACAAGUUGCACUCAAAGGAUGCGCCAGCACCACCAAAGAAAGAAGCAGCAGGUGGUACAGCAAACAUCUUUGGUUCAGCUAAACCUGUCGAUACAGCUGCCCGUGAGCGUGAGAUCGAGGAGAAAUUACGGAGGUUAGACAAAGAUGAACCUCGUCGGGAUGAACGUAGGGAUGAACGCAGAGACGAUCGUAAAGAUGAUCGCCGGGAUGACCGUAAGAUGGAACGCCGAGAUGACCGACGUGAUGACCGACGUGAUGACCGAAAAAUUGAAAGGCGAGAUGAUCGGGAGGACGAUCGCAGGGAUAACCGUCAGGAUGAUAGAUCUGCUAAAAGGGACAACAAUGUUGACAGAAGGGAUGACAGAGGAAGUCGUGAUGUCAAGGAUGGACAUGAUGAGCCAAAGAAGAAUAAUGAAGUGAACGUGAAGGGAAAACCUGCUGAAGAUAAUGAGGUGAUACUUAGUGUGACCAACAAGUUUGCCUCUUUGGAAAUGGAGAUGGAAGAUUAGUUUUGUGUGUACAUAUGUGUUCUGUUGUUGGUGGCUGAACUUUUACUUGGCCUCCUGACCUGUGUGCUGGGUGAUCUACCUCUGUAUGCCAUGCCUCUGUGAGGUUGUCUUCUUACCUUGUGUACACAAUGUCAUCCAUGUCUGUUACUGAAACCUUGGAGGAGUGUGGACCUGAGUGCAUUGUUUCAUGCCAAAUGCCACAGCUAUUGCAGCAGAGUGAUUUCCAGCAAGCUCUUAGCUUGCCUUUGAUUGAGCAGGUUGCAGAUGAACAAUAUGCACACCAUGUGUUCAAGCAGAGUCAUUGUGACAGUUUCCAGUAUAACAUGGAGAACAAGGAUAUGUGCACCUGUCCUAUAUUUGAGUGCUGGCGCACAGAUGUGGUUGAAUGCAGGGGAUGUAGGCCUCUGUUGCACUUUGUGAAUAUCAUUAGUCUUGUUUACCAACAGUACAGAGUACUUUCUCUCCGAUGAUGUGCCCCAGCAUGAAAUUUUAAGUAGUCAUCUGCAUGACCCCCUCCACCCUCAGUUAUUUUUUCUUUCAUAUUUAUAUUAUAAGUUUCUCCCCAUGAAUAAAUUUUGUCAUGUUUCAAAUAUAUUUUUUCUAUUUAUUUCCAGAUAUUGACUUUAAUUUUUUGUCAGAAUGAUAAUGGUAAAUUUUAUGCUGGGGCACAUCAUUAAGGAUGAGAUAGCAUGUACUGAGUAAACUUGAGCUUCCAUGGUGUGAUAAAGAUGUCUAGCUGUAAUGGAGAGAGAAAAUCUCUUACAGUGAUGGCAGCUAAUGCAAUAGCCUUCCCAAACUGUGAUGCCAGUGUUCAUUAUUAUUAUGGCUGUGUUGUGGUCUCUGUACCAGGCCAGUCAGCUUCCUCUCGCUGGGUCCUGUAUUCCCCCAAAUGGUCAGCCUGUUGCAUAGUAUGCAUCUAUUGGUGAACCCAUUCAUUAUGGAUAUCUUUCCAAGUAUUAGUGGCCAGUCGUAGGUAUUGGCUCACCGCACUUCCUUUCUGGGGUAGCUGCAAAGUCGUAGGACUUUGAUAUCCAUGCAGUUCAGUGGUGGAUUGAUUUAUGGAGUGUUGAGAGGUUCCCAGACAGGCAGGUGGACACUGUGGCACAAAGGAGAGGUAGUCCCGGCUAGCUAGGGAUGGAGCCAGUAGAAAUAUGUAGUUAUCUUAGAAAAUAAUCAUAGCCUACUUGUAUCUGCUGCUGACUGUCAAGAGCUUAAAUGUUUUUGUAAGAUUUUUUUUUUUUAUGUAUCCCUUCAAGCCUCUCAGUGAUUAAGGUGCAUGUGAUGCAGUAUGCAAAGCUCCUUAGGGAUUUUAAUCCAGAUGGAUAUAUUUUCUUGAAUUAAAUUUAGAUAUUCUAGCAAACAAGCAGGUAGAUGAUUACAUGCACAGACUUAAAUAUAGAUAUUCUUUAAAUUUCUCUUUAAAACAUAGUCACAGAUAGUAUAUGUCAUAAGAAAGCUAGUGUUUGUAGUCAUAGGAGUGUGAUAUAUGCACAUGAUGUUUUAUAAGAUGGGCUAAAAGUCAUAAUUUAGCCCUCCACCAUAUUUUACAAAGGGUUUAUUGCGUGUGAUUCUUAAUACAUUUGAUACAGAAGCACCUGUCUAUGCAUUCAGCUUGUAACUUUAGUUUAUUCAGGAUGGUGAUCUUUAUGAAAAAAACUGUUAACUAGCAUGUUAAUCUUUUGCAUAAUAAAGGAAAUGAAUGUA